AUGUCUGCUCCUCGUUCAUCUCUCCGCGCUCUCCGCGUGCUCUCGCAGCCCACUGCCCCCUCAGCUCGUCGCUGCCUACACAUCACCGGCGUGCAAUCCGCUCAACCCGCAAACACAACCGACAAGGCCAUCUCCAACCACGAUGUCCUCCAAUCCAGAGCCUUUGCCAUUGCCAUGCGCAGAAUCAACGGCAACGCUUUCUCUGACACCCCCCGCCAAUUCAACACCUCCCGCUCCUCAAAAGCCCGCAACGACACCUCAACAGUAGACUUAGUCUACAUGCCCACAAUGGCCGACCUAGAUGCCGCCCCCCUGCACCGCGGCAUCCAAGUCCCGGUCCUGCCCGAAACUCACUCCAUCACCUUCUCCUCCACCCCCUCCGCCCCACCCAUGAAGCCCCAGAUCUACACAGUCGCCGGUACCGGUGCCGACGUCGCCGCCAGCGCCAUGAGCGAGGUCGUCGACAACCACGCUGUCGAUCUGGACCCGUUCUCGUUUACGGAGGCUGUGGGCCGCUCGCGCGUUGGCGAGGAGAUGAACAGACGCCAGAAUGGGGGUGCGAAGACUGGUGUCAUGCGUGAGCUUUGGGCUGGGUUUUUGGAUGAUGUGAUGGGGCCUAAGGAGGUUCGGAAAUAG